UGAACUACUCUUUUAAACCUUUAGUCUUUCCUCUUAAAAUGGAAUGUCCAAGCUGAAAGUCUAAAUACAACACCCAAUUCCAUAUGCCAAGGGUUCUUACAAAAUGAGGUCAUUCACUAUGUGAGAAAUGCAUUCGAAAAAUAAUUAUAAGAGUCGAACAGGGAUAUACACAGAAUUGUAAAGAAUGAGGGAGUUUAAUAACCUAUGACACUUCAGUACCUGCAAAAGAGUCCAGUCAGCUCAGUGAAGAUUAUAUCCACAAUAUUGUUCAUACUUUUCCUAAAAAUCUUGCUCUUUUGAAAGAUUUCAAGGUUGAUCAAAGUCUGAGCACCCUUGAGCAUCAAAUGAACUGCGAAAACAGCAAAACUAAGGAAACUCAACAAACAGAAGAGGAAGAUAAGGGCAGUGACGAAAAUUUCUGUGAAGACCACCCAGAAAAAUUAAUCGAAGCUUUUUGUGUUGAUGAUUCAUGCCUCCUUUGCCUUGAAUGAAUCCUCUCAAAUAAUCAUCGUGGGCAUGAGGUCUCAUCAGUUUCUCAUGGAUAUUCAAUUCAGAAAGGAGAGAUUGAAGAGUUGAGACAUUUAAAUGCAACCAAACUCAAACAGAUAGAUGAGUGCAAAAAUUACCUUCAAACAGAAUUGGUGAGUCUGAUCGAGUUCGAUAGGAAAUAAGAAGACAUUGAUUGAUAAACUCUAUCAGAAAAUUACUGAUACUAUAGAGCUCUGACGACUAGAGGACCAAUUCCAGAGACAAGAUGAUUACAAUGACAGGAAGGAUAAAAUAUCGCAAGGUCUCCUUGAAUCAUCUAAUUGCCGAAAUGAGCUCAAAAAUCUUAAAUUUGAUCUUGAGGAACUUGAAAGUCUUUCUCAAAUCAGAUUACUGAGGAAAUUUAGCUUCAAUAGUAUGAAGAGCAAACUUGAGGAUUGAAAAAUUCCUCAAUGUCUGUUUAAGGUUCAUGAGAGCUUAGAUAUUUCAAAAAUAAUAUCAAAAGUUCUUACAAACAUAUCUUCAAUUACUACCAAGAAUGAAGAAAAUAGGCAUACAAGAAAUGAUCUAUCAGCUAAUAUAACCUCCACCAGAAUUAACCUUCAUUCUAAUGAAAAUUCUCUAAGUCAGAAUCGAAGUAAAUCUGCUCUAAAAAGUUCUUCAAAAUGAAGAAAAGUUAGCAGGAUAAGGAAGAACAGUAAGAAAAGUUCAAGUAGGAUUAAUCUCAAUGGAACUCCUCUUACAAGAAAUUACCCAAAUCAGACCAACAAGAAGGUUAAGAAUAAUGGCCACAACACUCUUGCAGAUGAUGUUUAUGGGGAGAUCACUAAAAUCCUUCCACAUAAAAACAACAGAAAUGAUAGUCUCGGGAAUCUUCAUAAAGUUUCUCAUUCUAAAGGAAAAGUUGCCAGAACUCAAGUCCAUUUGUAUGAUCUAAGUAUCAAUAAUGAACUCAAACCAGGAAUCAAGAACUUGAAAACUAGUGAUUCUGAUGGCUUAUCUUGAAAACUGACGACUAAGAAAGAGACAUGAAGAGAAGUAGGACAUAUAAAUUUAGUUGUUGAAGACAAGAAUAAUACACUUCAGAAUGACAAGAAAGAAGUUAAACAAUACCCAGAAGUAGUCUAUGAGCCAAUUUUUUCUACAAGAUCAGCUGUUAAAAGCUUAAAAAGUUCAAGUUUCGCCAAAGUGAGUAUACCUAACCUUCAAGAGGUUCGAAACAAAGCGAAACAAGAGAAAUUAGAUAAAAAGCGCUUGGAAAGUCAAGAGAGAAUUGAAAACAUUCCAGACGAUUAUCAUGAAAAUAUUAAGAUAUCUGAGAUCAAAGAAAGUAAAAACCAAAAGAAAUGCUUAAAAAAUCUAUCAAUUAGACAGUCCAAAGAAAAUAGAAACAAAGCAUGAAGAAAGGGAGUUACUGGUUUGAAGACUUCUGAUCGAAAGAGUUCAAUCUCUUUGUUAAUCCACCCUUAUAAACCUGAUCCAAUAGUAUCUCCUUAUGCAGGCUUAAGUGAUAUUUCAAAACAAGAGAAACCAAAGAAGCAUGGCUAUUUUAGAAUAGAAGAAGAAUUAAACAAAACUUCUAAGUUUGACAACAGUGACAGAGCUUUCUCAAAUCCAAGAUCGCUACAAAAACAAAAUACUAAUAAAAGUAGACACUUCCAGAUUCGUCAUGAGCCUUCCAGUUUAGGGUCAGUUGCUACAUUUCAAAAACUAAUGAAUGAUUUUUCAGAUGGGAAAUGAAAACCAAAAGAAAGUGCAAUUAAAGAAAGGGAUAAAGAAAGUAUCAAUACAAAAGCUGGUGCACUUAAGAAAUAUAUGUCCUCAGGAGUGUCUUGCCCCAAAAACGCAUUUUAAAAAGGUUAAUCGACAGAAAAGAGAAAGAUCAUAUGUUGAUGAAAGAAAAGAUAUUUCUCUGUAUAAUGCUUCUUCAGAUGACAAAAAUAGACCAUGCCAGAAGAAAAAUCUUCAUGCAACUAGCUUUAUUAAUACAAGUAACUCUGGAGAUAAAGCGAGAAGGUCUAAGUUUAGACCUAUGACUCAGCUAAAAAUGUCUUCAUGAAAGUUGACCAAAGGACUUCCUUUUGAGAAAAUUAACCAGAAAGUCGAUGUGCCAAGUAUAGAAUUUGACUUUGAAGACUGCAUGGAUGAAGGAGCCUGACUUUCUUCUACUGUCGAAGAGGUCGAAGUCAUUGAAGAGGUCCUUUAA